UUUGCAAUAAAAGAGUUUCGGAAACGUCUUUUCUUUUUGCGCAAAUUCAGUGGGUGGGAGUUGGGACGACGUCGACUCUGCACCUUGUAUCCUUCGCUCACAUGUCCCCUCUCUCUCUCUCUCUCUCUCUCUCUCUCUCUCCCCCUCUCUCUGUGCAUGCAUUUAUGUCCACGCCAUUAAGGAAAAGCUCUCGUAGCGAAAAUGCAUGCAUUGUACGUAACAUAUAUAGCCAGCGAAGGAACGCUUUCGAGAGGUCCAUGCAUCUAAGGAAGGUACCGCUUCUUUAAGGAUGUAGCAUUUUGAUUAACACACUCAAACAGUGAAGAAGAUCAAAGUUGAAUCACACCCAUUGGUGAAAUGUUAUUUAUAUUUAUAUCCGAUAAAAAGAAAAUGGAAAUAACAACGAGAGCUGUCUCUUUCGUGCUCCUUCGCCUCUCUCUUAUAUAUAAUCCCUAAUCUUCGAUGCAUGAUUCUGCAUGCACAUCUUAUACAAGAAAAAGAAAAUGGAUCUUCUCUUUCUCUUGUCCUCUCUUCUCUUCUCUUAUCUCUUCUUCAAGAUCUGGAAGCUGAUGGACUCAAAGCGUGACCAAGAAUGCUACAUAUUGGACUACCAGUGCUACAAGCCCUCGGACGACCGAAUGGUGAGUACCCAUUUCUCCGGCGAGAUCAUUCGCCGGAAUAAUAGACUCGGGCUCAACGAAUACAAGUUCCUCCUCAAAGCCAUCGUCAGCUCCGGCAUCGGAGAGCAAACCUACGGCCCAAGGCUCGUGUUCGAAGGCCGAGAAGAGAAUCCGACUUUGCGCGAUGGGAUCUUGGAGAUGGAAGAGUUUUACACCGACAGCGUCGGAAAACUCCUCCACAGGAACAAGGUUUCCCCUCAAGAGAUCGAUGUCGUCGUCAUCAACGUCUCCAUGCUCUCUUCGGUUCCUUCGUUGUCGUCGAGGAUCGUAAACCACUACAAGAUGAGGGGGGACGUGAAAGUUUUCAACUUGACGGGGAUGGGAUGCAGCGCCAGUCUCAUAUCCAUCGACAUUGUCAGGAACAUCUUCAAGUGCUAUAAGAACAUGUGCGGUCUUGUCGUGACGUCCGAAUCUUUGAGCCCUAAUUGGUACAACGGCAACAACAGAUCCAUGAUCCUCGCGAACUGCUUGUUCAGGUCGGGGGGAUGCGCGAUGCUGAUGACGAACAAGCGAAGCUUGAGCCGAAGAGCCAUGUUCAAGCUCAAGGGCAUGGUACGGACACACCACGGCUCCAGAGAUGACUCGUACAACUGUUGUAUCCAGACAGAGGACGAAGAGGGUCGGAUAGGGUUUCACUUGGGCAAGAACUUGCCGAAGUCAGCGACACGAGCUUUCGUCGACAAUCUCAGAGUCAUAACACCAAAGAUCUUGCCUGUAACCGAGCUCUCGAGGUUCGUGUUACGUCUCAUGGCGGAAAGACUGCGUGGAAACCCUAGCAAAGGCUCGACAACUUCGAAUCUCGCGCCAGUAGUUGCUCCAAAGGCAGGGAUCAACUUGAAGACUGGGAUCGAACACUUUUGCAUCCACACCGGAGGGAAAGCCGUGAUCGAUGGGAUAGGUAACAGCCUUGACCUGUCGGAAUAUGAUCUAGAGCCGGCGAGGAUGACGCUGCAUAGGUUCGGGAACACGUCAGCGAGUAGCUUGUGGUACGUUUUGGCGUACAUGGAGGCGAAGAAGAGGCUGAAGAGAGGAGACAGAGUGUUCAUGGUUAGCUUUGGAGCAGGCUUCAAGUGUAACAGUUGUGUUUGGGAGGUUGUAAGAGAUCUGGGUCUUGAUGAUGAUGAUGAUGAUGAUGAUGAUGGUAAUGUUUGGAGACAUUGCAUCGAUAAAUACCCACCAAAGUCUAUAUCGAAUCCUUAUUUGGAGAAGUAUGGUUGGAUCCAAAACGAGGAUGAUCCAGAGAAUUUCAAGUUCCCCGACGAUUAAAACGCGCGAUUAAUUCCUUUGAUCGCAAACGCCAAAACACAAGGUCACUAUAUGUUAUUUUUUUUUCUCUUUAUUUCAUUCUUCCCUUUUUGAUUUUUUUUAUUUAAUUAUUUACGUUUUAAACUGCCGGGGAAAAAGAUAUUAAUAUGAAUAUGGAAAAGAUAUCAUCGCGAUUUUAGGUAGCUUUUUUUCCUUUUUUUUCUUUUAUAUGUAUAUUUUUGGCGUUAUAAUUGUUAAUUGUAUUUCUUUUCGCGGAUUUGAUUCGCUAAUAAACAUAGGCAUGCACUUCCAAUA